UAUUUUAUUUUGUUUACAUUGUUUACCUUUCCUUUAGUUUAAUCAACAGACAAUACCUUGGAUAUAUUUUAAUCAACAUUACAGUUAAUAACUUACGACUGUUCAAUUGAUUUUUCUGUAACCUUUUCAUUUUCAUUCAUCUUUUUCUUACUUUUACUGCUUUUGUGAGACUUUAUCAAAUCUUUUAAGUUUUUCUUUGAAACUUGUGUUUAUUUCAUUGACAACUCGGAUUUCAACUAUCAUUUGUGAAUCCAUCAUGGUUUUUGAUUCAGAUAGAUCAUCCAUCUCGGAUUCCAUUUCAUCGGGACCUUCGAAAUCCAUGAUUAAAAUUUACACCAAAGUGUUAUGCUCUGAUAUUGAGUAUAAAACACUUUCCAUAACUGAAGAUACAACAUGUAAUGACAUGGUUCGAAUGUUGCUACACAAAUUCAGGCUAAAACACACCGAUCCCAAUCUCUUUUACGUUGCUAUGGAAGUUAUUAUCCGUAAAACAGGCAUUCCGAUUCGAAGUGUUGUUGUUCUUGAUGAUAUGUCUUGUCCAGCUCAAAUCCAAGCAUCUUAUCCUCAUCAAGAUACCAAAUUUACUUUAAUGAUGAAACGAGGAGGCCUUGUUAAGGUCUACGACAGUUGCCUUAUGUCUUCGUCUUUAUACAAAAGCUUAUUAAUAUCAGAUGUGACCACUGUUGGUGAAGUGAUCCAAUUAUUAUUACAAUGUUACGAUUCAGAUGAGAGGCCAUCCAAAUUUGCUUUAUAUGAAGUUUGUCCACAGAACAGACGUGAAAGAAAAUUAAGAGAUAAUGAAUUGCUGCUGAGACUUCAACAAGAAUGGCCUUUGGGUGAAGUAUAUUGUUUCCAAUUGCGUCGCAAUUACUUUGAACAAUCACACAAACGAAAGGCUCUUUGGAUUCGCAGCUCUAUCGACCCAAUCGGACUUUCAUGCUGUUCCAAAUAUUCAAAGGAAUUAUCAUCAUUAAUUUAUCCUCCGCUGCAAUUUAGUUACCUUAACACGUAUCCAACGUAUUUUUACGUGUAAAUUGUACUUUGUAAUUGUUGCCACUUUGUUGCCACUAGUCAUUUCCAUUUCCUUUAGUCAUUUUUAAGUUCAAAUUAAUCUCGCCCAGAUGAUCAUCUCAGGAUAUCUCGAUUAUUAUUUACAAUGAUUUGAUGGAUUUCCAUAUCAAGUGGAGAUUGAACAUCAGCCAUGGUUACAAAGAUAAUCAAGUUGAAAAUUUUGACGACAGCAAUGAUGUUUGCUCAAGCCUGUUAGAUUUGCUGACUGAUUCAAUUACUUUGAUUGCUAAUUAGUUUAUCGUGAAUGAUAAACUCAUACUCAACUCAAUUAUGUAAAUCAAAAGUCUAUUGAAUCGACUUGGCUAGUUGAAGGAAAUUUUUAAAAUGCUCAAAAUUUUCAUUCAAAGACUAUUGGAAGAUUGUACAACAAAUUUUUACAUGUUACACCAGUUUUACAUGGAAUCACUCAAAUUCAUCAUUUUAUAUUUUUAACUAAUAGCUCAUAAAUACUAAAUAUAUUCAUCAUUAAUAUAAUCAAUCAUAUGAGCACCUAAUUGUAACUCACAAUUUCUCAUCAACCUUUGUGUAACAUAAUUGUAAUUCUCAUAUUCAACUCAUUAUGAUCAACUUCAAUCGCCAUCCCUUAACAAUCUUCACUUAUUUAUAACAUUUCUUAUUUUCAUCUCUCAUUUAUGAACAGUUAUGAAAAUUUUUUACAAAACCAGUUCAAACAACAUGUUAAAUUAUCAUGAGUUACGAAAAUUCAUUACUGAUUAAUUUAUAACAAAUCGUUAAAUUUUGAUAAAAAAAUAAAGAAACUAGAGAUUCUU